UUACUAUGAUAUUGAAAGGUUUCGUGAUGACAAUCCUCAAAUAUUUUGAAUUGUAAUGUCUUCAAAUAUGUAUAAUUUUCAUCAGGCUUUCGUUAUAGGCCGUUCUUGUUUAGUUAGACACAAUUUUUCCUUUGACAAGAACCGUAGCUAGUUUGCUAGGGUUUAAGUCACUAUACGAUUAAUCUUUAUUAUCGUUUAGCUAAGUGAUAUAUAACCUGGAUGACUAUUCACUUUUACACUCGCUGGCAAAUAAUGGUUGGGACGGUUUGCUAGCAAGCCAGGCUCUUUUAGCGAGCUAAUUAAGUUAGCGUCGACGAGUUUUGCUACUCGGCGAACCUCCCCCCGCUUCAUGUUCACAUGAGGUCUCUCAACAACGCAUUUCACUUAGCCAGUUUGCUUGCAUUUAACAGUAACGAACCCCGAGACGAAGGGUCACGCUAAUUAACGUUAGCAGCUCAUUAGACCGGUGCAUGUCCUGUGGCUAUCUUGCUACUGCUGUAGCUAGGCAAGUACAGUAGCUAAGUGCUCAAGCAUAGCACUCGAUGCUGGCUAAAAAUAACCAACUCUUUGUCCCCCAUUCAGCACCCCACCAAAAGUGGUGAGCUCGCCUAUUAGAGCCCGUCCACGACUUUACAUACAACCAGUUGGGACUUUGUCGCUCUACAUGGUCGAUACAGCCAAGUCAGGACGAUCGGAAGAGGUUGGAGGCACUGUAUUUUGUGAGACGAACUGGCAUGAGGCAUCUCUCUCCGGCUGGGUGUCUUCAAGUCGGGUUACCAAAGUAAACGCAUUCAACUGGCUUUUUUUGACCGAACAUCAAGCGUCAUCCAUGGCGUUGGCCUGUCACCAGUAGCUUGUUCCCGGCAGGGAAAACAUUAGCUAUUUAACAUUAACAAUACUGUUAAAGGACACCCCCUUUGUUCUGAUUGUAAACUGUGAAAGAAAUCAUUUAAAGUUAUUCUACCACAGUGGAACAUCAUGUCGGAGGAUAACAACGCAGACAAAUUCAUCAAGGAGACCUCCAUCUUGGAAGAGUACAACAUUAACUGGACACAGAAGCUCGGGGCAGGGAUCAGUGGACCUGUUAGAGUUUGUGUGAAGAAGUCGACUCAGGAACGAUUGGCCCUGAAAAUCCUAAUUGAUCGUCCCAAGGCCCGAAAUGAGGUGCGGCUCCACAUGAUGUGUGCUACACACCCCAACAUUGUGCAGAUUAUGGAGGUGUACGCCAAUAGUGUGCAGUUUCCUCACGAAUCCAUUCCAAGAGCGAGGUUACUGAUCGUCAUGGAGAUGAUGGAGGGAGGUGAGCUGUUCCACAGGAUCAGUCAGCACAGACACUUUACAGAGAAGAUGGCUAGCCAGGUCACCAAACAGAUCGGCCAGGCCCUGGAAUACUGUCACUCACUGAAUAUUGCACAUCGAGACCUGAAACCAGAGAACCUGCUCUUCAAGGAUAACUCCCUGGAUGCACCGGUGAAGUUGUGCGAUUUUGGAUUUGCAAAGAUUGACCAGGGGGACUUGAUGACCCCACAGUUCACUCCUUACUACGUUGCACCUCAGGUACUUGAGGCUCAAAGGCGACACCAGAAGGAAAAGUCUGGAAUAAUACCUACCUCACCCACCCCAUACACCUAUAACAAGAGCUGUGACCUGUGGUCCAUGGGGGUGAUCAUCUACGUGAUGCUGUGUGGCUACCCUCCCUUCUACUCCAAGCACCACAGCCGCACCAUCCCCAAGGAUAUGCGCAAAAAGAUCAUGACGGCCAGCUUUGACUUCCCCGAGGACGAGUGGAGCCAGAUCUCUGAAAUGGCUAAGGACAUUGUCCGCAAGCUGCUGAAGGUGAAGCCUGAGGAGAGGCUGACCAUUGAGGGUGUACUGGAACACCCCUGGCUCAACUGCACAGAGGCCCUGGACAACGUGCUGCCCUCCGCACAGAUGAUGAUGGACAAGGCAAUGGUAGCAGGGAUCCAGCAGGCCCAUGCUGAACAGCUGGCUAACAUGAGAAUACAGGACCUCAACAUCAGCCUCAAGCCACUCAACUCCGUCAAUAACCCCAUCCUGAGGAAAAGGAAACUCCUAGGCAGCAAGCAGAGGGAUGGCUUCUUCAUCCACGAUCCAGAGAACGGCGGCGAGGACGCCAAUGUGGCCCUGGAGAAACUCAGAGACGUCAUCGCUCAGUGUAUCCUCCCACAGGCUGGGGAGAAUGAGGACGAGAAACUGAAUGAGGUGAUGCAUGAUGCGUGGCGUUUCAACCGAGACUGCAAACUACUGCGAGACGGGCUGCAGGGCCUCAGCUGGGAUGGACGGGCCUUCUCUGACAAAGUGGACCGCUUGAAGUUGGCUGAAAUAGUGAAACAGGCCAUAGAGGAAAAGACACAUUUACAAGACUCUCAGUAGCAAGUGAUUUAUUUAUAUCUCCUUUUGUAUCGUUUAUUCUAACAUUUUUUUAAGCCAAUAACUGUAGAGGCAUUUUUAUGUAAAUUAACACGCUAAAACUAUAGGAUUUUUUAAAAAGAAUUAACUUGCAAGACUAUUGUACUGUAGAUAUAUUGAAAAGAGGCCUUGUUGGCACUAUAUAUAUUUUUUAUGAAUGACUGCAAAGAAUAAACAAAUCCUUAUAUUUUCGUAAAAAAGAAGAGGAAAAUCACAAAAAUAAUAUUUUCUGUAACCCACUGGAGGGAAUUUUUACAAGCUGCUUGUCCUGGAUGUCCACGGUGAUGUUUUAAUCUCACUCGUUUUUAUUUAAUUGGAUUCUUAUUCCUUUACCUUUUUAACAAUGCUACAAAUUGUAUUUAUUUCACAAAGAAACCCUUAUUUCUGACCAUGAAGACUGAUGUUUGAUCAUUCUGUCAGUUGAACAAUAUGGGUCUCUAAAGCAGACAGAGGAACUAGGCUUAAACUUGGAUUGUUCACCCAUUGGGUGGUAAGUGGUCCAGGGGGUAGGGAGAGGGACCAAGGUGGAAGUGUGAGGGUUUCCUGUUUAGCUCCAUUAGUUCGCUGAGAUUACUGCUGUUGUACCUUGAAGCUGCUCUGCUUCAAUCUAGAUAUCAGCAACAGUCAACUUUAUUACGUAAUGUUUAAUAGUAAUUUAAAGCAUGUGCAUAAUUUGUACAUAGGUUCAAUAUACAUACAUGUUGUAAAAUACACUAAAUGCUCAAAAGUAUGUGCACGCCUGCUCGUUGAACAUCUCAUUACAAAAUCAUGGGCAUCAAUAUGGAGUUGGUCCAAAUAGCCUGUCCUCAGUUGCAACACUCAAUACUGAGUUCCAAACUACCCCUGGAUGCAAAGUCAGCACAAGAACUGUUUGUCAGGAGCUUCAUGAAAUGGGUUUCCAUGGCCUAGCAGCCGCACACAAGCCUAAGAUCGCCAUGUGCGUUGCCAAGCGAUUGGCUGGAGUGGUCUAAAGCUCGCCACUAUUGGACACUGGAGAUGUGUUCUCUGGAGUGAUGAAUCAUGCUUCACCAUCUGGCAGUCUGAUGGAUGAAUCUGGGUUUGGCGGAUGCCAGGAAAGCACUAACUUCCAGAAUGCAUAGUGCCAACUGUAAAGUUUGUUGGAGGCGGAAUAAUGGUCUGGGGCUGUUUUUCACGGUUCGGGUUAGGCCCCUUAGUUCCAGUGAAGGGAAGUCUUAACGCUACAGCAUGUAAUGACAUUCUGGAGGAUUCUGUGCUUUGAAAUGGUUUGUUGAAAUCGGUGUGGAAGAACUUGAAUGGCUUGCACAGAGCCCUGACCUCAACCCCAUCAAACACUUUCUGGGAUGAAUUGGAACACUGACUGCGAGCCAGACAUCAGUUCCGGACCUCACUAAUGCUCUUGUAGCUUAAUGGGAAGCAAAUCUCUACAGCAAUGUUCCAACAUCUAGUGGAAAGCCUUCCUAGAAGAGUGGAUGCUGUUAUAGCAGCAAAGGGGGGACCAACUCCAUUUUAAUGCUGAUGAUUUUGGAAUGAGAUGUUUGACAAGCAGGUGUUCACAUACUUUUGAUCUAGUAGUGUAUAUUUCUGUAUGUAAAGUCUUAUUUAUGGCUAACAUGGACUCCCUGCUGUGGUCAAGAGCUUAGAGAACACUAAACAAGACUGGUAAAAAGAUGCAAUGUAGGUUUACUACAGUACUUGAUUAUUUGUUACUUGUAUAUAUGGUAUAAUAUCUUAAGAUGUUUAAACAUUUUCAAAUGUACAGUACCAUAAAAAGUUUGGACACCUACUCAUUCAAGGGUUUUUAUUUUUUACUAUUUUCAACAUUGUAGAAUACUAGUGAAGAC